AUGAACUAUAAAAAAGCAGUCGGAGAUUUGGCUCAUGUGCGCUUCCAUUCCUUUCCCUCGAGACCACACGAAGUGGAGCGACGACAAAAGUGGAUCUUAGCUGUCCGCCGAAUAGGGGAAGACGGAAAGCCGUGGGAGCCAAGCAAGAAUUCACGGAUCUGUAGCCUGCACUUUGUCUCAGGCAAGCCAUCUAAUAUCGAGAGCAGUCCGGCCUAUGUCCCAACGAUAUUCCCUGACGUGUACAAGAGGAGUCAGUCUUCAGCAGGGGCAGUGGAUAAUUUCAACAGGUAUCACGCACGGAACCAGAAAAAGGUUAAGGUUUCUAGCAGCACGGUUCACACGGAUAGCCUGCAUGCUUUCUCUGCUGACAAUGCUACGUCGAGCCCUGAACCUCUUGUGUAUGAAGACGAUGAAUGGAUGGAAGAUUGUGACAGAAAGACAGUUUCCACCGAAACGGAUGCAGUCGAUGAGUGUCAUGGCCAACUUCACUUGUUCCUUUCUACUACAAGCAGCAACAACGCAGAGUGCCAGGUGACACAUUCCGAGGAGGCUCAAAAGGUGUCAAGGCAUGUCGGACCAGAUUCACGAACAUGGGCCUUCCUUGGUUUCGAAUCUGCGGAAAGGAAUGAAGAUGCGUUGCAGGAACUUUGUUCAGUCAGCAACAACAUGUUCGCACUUCUCCUCAGUCUGAUGCCAGAGUUAAGGGUGAGGACAACAGACAUGACUGUUCAAAAUAAGCUGCUGUGCUUCCUCAUGAAGCUAAAGCUUGGUCUCAGCUUUGUAGCGCUCAGUGUACUGUUCAGUGUUGACCAACGCACCAUUUCACGUACAUUUUAUGAUGUCCUCAACAUCAUUUAUGCCCGUACUAAAAACUGGAUUUCCCCCCCGUCCAUGUUGGCUGUAAAAGAGACAAUGCCACAGUGCUUUAAGGAUCACUACCCGAACUGUCGGUUUAUUAUAGACUGCACAGAAAUCAAGACUGAAACGCCGCCAAAGCUUGACCAACGUAAUCUUAUGUACUCAAACUACAAAGGUGCUUACACACUGAAGUUCCUAGUUGGUAUUUCCCCAAAUGGUGCUGUGACAUUCCUUUCCAAGGCCUUUGGAGGACGGACAUCCGAUAGCAGUAUCACAGUUGAGUCUGGAUUCCUAGAUCUUCAUCAGCCUGGUGACUGCGUUUUAGCAGACAAAGGUUUCCCAAGCAUCAGAACAGUCCUGGCAGAAAAAAAUGCUGUACUUGUGAUGCCACCAUUCUCCAAAGGUGACGGUCAGUUCAGUUCUGCUGAAAUGAAUGAAACGUAUGCAAUUGCCAAGUGUCGUAUCCACGUAGAACGUGUGAUUCAAAGGAUAAAAAUAUUUAACAUAUUGAAUUAUAGGGUGCCAGUGACGCUCAUACCUUAUAUGCAGAAAGUUGUCCAUGUUUGUUGUGUGAUUGCAAACUACCAGCCACACAUUAUAAGGCCUGAAGAAGCGUAG